AUGGAUUUAGUCAACUAUUUGCCAGACAGAUUGAUGUUUGCAGUGCCUAAAAAGGGCCGUCUUUAUGAAAAAUGCCUCAGCCUCUUGAAAGGUGCAGAUAUUCAAUUCCAUAGAUCCAACAGAUUGGACAUAGCCAUCUGUCUGAAUCUACCUAUUGCACUCAUCUUUUUGCCAGCUGCUGACAUCCCCACGUUUGUGGGUGAAGGACGCUGUGAUAUUGGUAUCACUGGCUAUGACCAGGUCCAUGAGAGUAAUGUUGAUGUUGAUAUGGGAUUGGAUUUACACUUUGGUAACUGCAAGUUGCAGAUACAAGUUCCCCGUAACGGUCCUUAUACAAAGCCAGAACAGCUAAUUGGCAAAACUAUCGUUUCCACCUUCACCAAUUUGACUAGACAGUAUUUUGAGAGAUUGGAAAAGAUCAAACCGGGCGAAGUUCUCAAGACCAAGAUCAAGUAUGUGGGAGGAUCCGUGGAAGCCUCGUGCGCUUUAGGUGUUGGUGAUGCCAUUGUGGACUUGGUGGAAAGCGGAGAAACCAUGAAAGCAGCUGGCUUACAGGCUAUCGAAACGGUUCUUUCCACUUCGGCCCACUUGAUUGUGUCGCGUCAUCCAUCUCACCCACAAUUGGUCAAGUUGAUCAAGUCUAGAAUGGAGGGUUUGUUGGCUGCCCAAAAAUACGUUCUAUGCAAUUAUAAUGCACCAAGAGAUAAACUUCCUGUGCUUCUCAAGGUCACACCGGGUAGACGUGCUGCAACCGUUUCUCCUUUAGAUGAGGAUAAUUGGGUGGCUGUUUCUAGUAUGAUUCAGAGAAAGGAUAUGGCAAACAUUUUGGAUCUAUUGAAAGAGCAAGGAGCAACUGAUAUAUUGGUGUUUGAAAUAUCCAACUGUAGAGUUUAA